AUGGCGCCGGGCCCCGCUCUGCUGCUCGCGGCGCUGCUGGCGCUGCCCGCCCCGGGCUCCCCCGCCUCCCCGCCCGGGGGUCCCGGCCCCCCCCGGCUCCGCGUCCGUUUCUCCCCCCCCCGCUGCUGCCCCGGGGGUCGCUGCGCCCCCGGGUGUCGCCCCCGGGCCGGGGGGGACCCGGAGGCGGCGGGGGACGCGGACAGCAACGUCACCGUGGUGGUGCUGAGAGCGGCGGGCCCCCGGGCCGCCGGCUUCAGGCUCGUGCUGUGCCCGCUGCUCUGCCGGAACGGGGGGGUCUGCGCCCACCCCCAGCGCUGCCUGUGCCCCCCCCAGUUCACCGGGAAGUUUUGUCACCUCCCCUCGGGCAACGGCACCAAAGAGAGCGCCCCAAACCCGCGGGGGGCGCCCCCAAAUCCCCGCAACGUCCACGGGGGGGCGCCCCAAAUCCCCGCAACGUCCACGGGGGCGCCCCAAAUCCCCACAACGUCCACGGGGGGGCGCCCCCAAGCCUUGACCCGCUCCAUCUACACCCUGCCCCUGAGCAACCACCGCGACGAGGAGGAUGGCGCGCAGUCCAUGGUGAGCGUGCUGGUGCGGCACCCGCCGCACGCCACGGUGACGAUCCACAGCGUGGAGCGGGUGCGGGGCGGCGGCGGCCGCUACCCCUCCCCAGCGCCCCCAACCCCCCCCGCGAGCCCCCCGCCCCAAUUCCGGGUGCUCGCACAGAGGGGACCCGGCCGGGACCCCCCCGCCGGCGAGAACUCGGGGUUCGGGUAUUGCUUCAGGCAGCUGCGGGGGGGGCAGUGCAGCUCCCCCCUGCCCGGGCUCCGCACCCGGGACAUUUGCUGCCGCGGCGGCGGCGGCGUCGCCUGGGGCGUCCGCGAGUGUCACCCGUGCGACGGCCACGCCCAGCCGUGCCCGCCGGGAUUCCAGCGGCAGAACGGAACCUGCGUGGACGUGGACGAGUGCCAGGAGGGGGCGCUGUGCCAGCUCGGGCUCUGCACCAACACCCGCGGCAGCUUCGCCUGCCUGUGCCCGCCGGGCUUCCUGCUGGAUUCGUCCCGCUCCCGCUGCAUCUCCCAGCAGGUGCUGUCCGAGGCCCGCGGGCCGUGUUUCCGCCUCCUGCGGGACGGCCCUGGCCGCUGCGCGCUGCCCACCCUGCGCAACAUCACCCGCCAGGUUUGCUGCUGCAGCCGCGUGGGCAAAGCCUGGGGGGGCUCCUGCCUGCUCUGCCCCCCCUUCGGAUCCGAGGGGUUCCGGGAGCUCUGCCCGGCCGGGCCCGGCUAUCACUACUCGGCCUCGGACCUGCGGAUCAGCGCUCAGUACCUGGGCCAGGAAAUUGGGGCGGGGGUCCCGCUGGGGCCGCCCCCCUCAGCACCCCCCCCGCGACCCCCGGUGAUCGUGGUGCCCCGGCCCCGCCCCCACCCGGGGGGAGCCCCGCCCACCGCGGCCCCCCCGGAGCCAGUGUCCCCGUGCGAGCGCGACCCGUCCGUGUGCGGCCCCGGGCGCUGCGUGCCCCGCGGGGGAGGGGGCUACACCUGCCUGUGCCGGGGGGGCUUCUGGCUGAGCCCCCAGGGCACGCACUGCGUCGACAUCGACGAGUGCCGCCAGGUGCCCCCUCCGUGCUCCCCGGGGCGCUGCGAGAACUCCGUGGGCGGCUUCAGGUGCCUCUGCGGGCCCGGCUUCACCUCCGAGCCCGCGGGCACCGAGUGCCGAGACGUGGACGAGUGCUCCCAGGUGCCCGGGCCCUGCCCCCACGGGCGCUGCGAGAACCGACCGGGGGGGUUCGAGUGCCUCUGCCCGGGGGGGUACCGGGGUGACCCCUGCCAGGACAUCGACGAGUGCGAGAACCACCUGGCGUGUCCCGGCCAGGAGUGCGUCAACACGCCGGGCUCCUUCCGGUGCCAGCCCUGCCCCGACGGCUUCCACCUGCGCCAGGGCCGCUGCGCAGACGUGGACGAGUGCUCGGGGGGCUCCCCCUGCGCCCCCCACGGCCGCUGCCUCAACACGGCCGGCUCCUUCCGCUGCGAGUGCCACCGCGGCUUCCACGCGGCCGCGGGCGCCACGGCGUGCCAGGACGUCAACGAGUGCCUGGAGGGCGACUUCUGCUUCCCGCACGGCGAGUGCCUCAACACGGCCGGCUCCUUCCGCUGCUCUCCGCCCGGGCCCCCAGCUGCGCCCGCGCCCCCGGGCACCACGCCGCGACCGUGCGUGCCCCAAAUCCUGAACCCCAAAUCCCGAUGUCCCAAACCCCAAAUUUCCCCCAGAUGUGGACGAGUGCCAGCGCGGGGCCGUGUGCGCGGGCGGGCGCCACACCCACCCCUUAUCACACCCCAAACCCCAAACCCCAAACCCCAAAUCCCAAUGUCCCAAACUCCAAACCCCGAAUCCCGAACCCCAAAUCCCGAUGUCCCAAACCCCAAAUUUCGCCCAGACGUGGACGAGUGCCAGCGCGGGGCCGUGUGCGCGGGCGGGCGCUGCCUCAACACCGAGGGCUCCUUCCAGUGCCAGUGCCCGGCCGGGUUCCGCACCGACGACGCCAAGGCCGAGUGCCGCGACGUGGACGAGUGCCAGGAGUACGGGGCCGGGCUCUGCGGGGCGCAGCGCUGUGAGAACAUUCCGGGCUCCUAUCGCUGCGUGCCCGAGUGCCAGCCGGGAUUCCGGCCCGGGGACGGCGCCGACUGCGUCGACGUGGACGAGUGCCAGGAGUACGGGGGGCUCUGCGGGGCGCAGCGCUGCGAGAACAUUCCGGGCUCCUAUCGCUGCGUGCCCGAGUGCCAGCCGGGAUUCCGGCCCGGGGACGGUGCCGACUGCGUCGACGUGGACGAGUGCUCCAACGGGACCCUGUGCGGUGCCCACGCCACCUGCCACAACCUGCCCGGCUCCUUCCAGUGCGCCUGCGACCCCGGCUACGAGACCGCCCGGCACGGCCACCACUGCAUGGACGUGGACGAGUGCCAGACGCUGCGCGGGGUUUGCGGGGCCGAGCGCUGCGAGAACGUCGAGGGCUCCUUCCUGUGCCUGUGCCCCGACCCCCGGCAGGAGUUCGACCCCGUCAGCGGCCGCUGCGGGGCGCUGCCGACCCCACAGAGCCCCCAAAGCCGACCCCAAAUCCCCCAGGGCCGACCCCAAAGCCCCCAGAGCCCACAGAGCCCCCAGAACCCACAAAUGCGACCCCAAAUCCCCCAGGGCCGACCCCAAAACCCACAAAUCCCCGAAACCCGACCCCAAAGCCCCGAAACCAGACCCCAACGCCCCGAAAUCAGACCCCAAACUCCCCAAAUCAGACCCCAAACCCCCCAAACCCGACCCCAAACCCCUCAAACGAGACCCCAAACUCCCCAAACCAGACCCCAAACUCCCCAAACCGGACCCCAAAGCCCUCCCGGGGAUUUUGGGGUGGCCUCGUGUUUCAGCCGGGCCUGCGGGGUGCUGGCCCCGAACGUGACCCGCCCGCAGUGCUGCUGCACCCUGGGGUGGGCAUGGGGGGCACAGUGCCCCGGGCAGCCCUGCCCCGCACCUGGCACAGAUGCUCACCUGGCCCUGUGUCCCCACGGGCCCGGGCGCCUCCCCGAGACCCCCCAGGGCCCCCCCACAGAUGUGGAUGAGUGCUCCCUGUUCGCGCCCCAGCUCUGCCGGGGGGGGCUCUGUGUCAACGCCGCCCCCUCCUUCAGCUGCUUCUGCCCCAGCGGCUUCUACUUCGAGCGGGAGCACCUGCAGUGCGUGGACAACGACGAGUGCGCGGCGGCCGAGGCCGAGCCGUGCGUGGCCGGGCUCUGUGUGAACACCGUGGGCUCGUACCUGUGCUCCUGCCCCCCCCCGCUCGUCCUCGACCCCUCCCAGCGCCGCUGCGUGGCCAACGACACCGACCCGGAGGGGUCGCUGGCCGUGUGCUGGCAGGAGGUGGGGCCGGACCUGGUGUGCGGGCGGCCCCGGCGCGCCGCCCCCGUCACGUACAGCGAGUGCUGCUGCCUGUACGGGCAGGCCUGGGGCAUGGAGUGCGCGCUCUGCCCCGCGCCCCACUCCGACGACUUCGAGCUGCUCUGCAACGUCCUGCGCCCCCCGAACUUCGCCCCUCCCCCCCUCUGGGACCCCUCCCCCAAUUUCCCCCUCCCCCCAAACCCCCCGCCCCAAUUCGGGCCCGCCCCUUACGGGGGGGAGUUUUUCGGGGGGGGGCUCCGCCCCCCGCUUUACGACCCCUCCCCUUAUUACUACGGCGGGGGAGGGGCGGGGGGCGUGGCCUACGAGCCGCCGAGGGGGGGCGGCGGGGGAGGGGCGGAUCCCCCUGCGCUUUACGCCCCGCCCCCUGCGGUUUACGCCCCGCCCCCUGCGCUUUACGCCCCGCCCCCUGGGCCGGGGCCCCUCCCCCCCGGGUACGGGGAUUUUGGGGACCCCCCCCGGGGGAGGGGGCCCCGCUUGGAGCCCCCCCGAGGGGGCGGCCCCUGGAACCUCCAAGCGCUCGGGACCCCCGAGGAGGAGGAGGAGGAGGAGGAGGAAGGGCAGGAGGAGUGCGGGGUGCUGAGCGGCUGCAGCCACGGGCGCUGCGUCCGCCUGGGCGACGCCUUCACCUGCGCCUGCGACCCCGGCUUCCGCCUGGACCCCGCCCGCCUCGACUGCCUCGACGUGGACGAGUGUUCGGGGGCGCCCCCCCCGUGCCGCCCCGGGCGCUGCCUCAACACCCCCGGCUCCUUCCGCUGCCUGUGCCCCCCCGGGACCCCCCCGGCGCUGGACCCGCCCCGCUGCCCCCCCCCCGCCUGAAGCCCCCUCCCCAUAUUUAUUGCGCGCCCUUCGCUUUGUAGAGACAAAACCAAAAAUAA